GGUACGGAUUUUACUGACCAAUCCUGGUGUGGAAACGAGGCGGGAUUAAGCGUUACUAAGGCAAGUCUGGAGUCAAGUAUAAAGGGAAUAACAUGGUGUCCCAGUGGCUGUUUAUGUUUACCUAAAGAAAAGAUUUGGAGGGGCGUCCUGCAAGACAAGAACGGGAUUCGCUUUGCAGAUCAUUUUUUUUGCACGUUUAGUUUAGUUUAGUGUGUGUGUGCGUGUGUGUGUGUGUGUGAGAGAGAGAGAGAGCGUGUUUAAGAUUUACAAGGCCAGUGGCAUGUAAAUCGCCUAUUUCACUAAUGUGCCAGUCUUACAAAUGGAAAGGGGGCUUCACUCUGGAAACGUGAGCAUUUCCCUGGUGCUCCUGCUGGUGCUCAAAGCGCUGAUCGGGACUUCGCAAACUCAGGGCUCCGCCAUCGGGAGGGAGCCGCAGCCCGCCGCCCGGAGCUCCGCCGGCUCGUCCUCGCAGGAAGAUGGUGGGAGAGUCAUGGAGCGGGGCUUGGAGAGCGUAGGAGCCCCGGUCAGCGGAGACGUGACCGUGGAGGACGACGAGAACGGGGCGACGGCGGAGGGCGACGAGUCGUACGGAGAAAGCAGCGGCAGCGUCCGGUCGACAAGGUCCCUGGUGAUCAUCAGCACCCUGGAUGGGCGGAUCUCAGCUCUGGACCCCCACAACCAGGGGAGGAAGCAGUGGGACCUGGAUGUCGGCUCAGGGUGCCUCGUGUCCUCCAGCCUCAGCAAACCUGAGGUGUUUGGCAAUAAGAUGUUCAUCCCGUCGCUGGACGGCGCCUUGUUCCAGUGGAACCGGGACAGGGAGAGUAUGGAGGCAGUGCCUUUCAGUAUAGAGUCCCUGCUGGAGUCGUCCUACCGCAUCGGAGAGGACACCGUGCUGGUCGGGGGCAAAUCGCUCACCACCUAUGGCCUGGGAGCCUACAGCGGCAAGCUGCGUUACAUCUGCUCUGCGGUGGGCUGCAGCCGCUGGGAGGAGGAGGAGAUGGAGGCCGAAGACGUGCUGCUGCUGCAGAGAACGCAGAAGACCGUCCGAGCCGUGCGGCCCCGAUCAGGACUGGAGAAGUGGAACUACAGUGUGGGAAACUUUGAGCUGAAGUUCGUCCCUGAAACGCAGUCGGGGUUGAACUUCCUGGAGGGGGAAGUGGCGAGCAGCGACGCCUGGAAGGAGGAGCAGCUCAAGAGCCAGCGGGUCAUCACUGACGAACCAAAAGAGAAAGAGCAUCCGGAGAACCAGCAGAACCAGAACCUGGACCUGGUCAUCAAGGUGUCUGUUCCUGACUGGAAGGUCAUGGCCUUCAGCAGCGAGGCUGGUGGACGGCUGGUCUGGGAACACCAGUUCUGCACACCCAUCGCCUCGGCCUGGCUGGUGGGUGGGGGCAAAGUGACGCCCAUCAGCCUGUUUGACGACACGGCGUACAACAACCAGGCAGAGGCUGAGGAGGAGGAGGAUGAAGACCUCAUGGAGGAGGCCCGAGGAGCCACCCAGUCCAGUGUUUACCUGGGGAUGUUCCAGGGACAGCUCUACCUCCAGUCCUCAGUGAGGAUCGCUGAGAAGUUCCCCAAAGCCCUCGGAUCGGAGAAGGAUGUUAUUUCACUGCCCACUGUCAAAUGGAAGCCCCUAAUCCAUUCCCCCUCUCGGACUCCAGUCCUGGUUGGUUCUGAUGAGUUUGACAAGUGUCUGAACAAUGACAAGUUCUCCCAUGAAGAAUACAGUAACGGAGCCCUGUCCAUCCUCCAGUACCCCUAUGACAACGGCUACUACUUCCCCUAUAGCAAGCGUUACCGGGGGAAGCGGGACAGUGCCGUCAGCGUGAUAAAGGGGAACGAGGCGGGUGGCAAGAGUCACAGGAGGAAGGACCCCGUUCUGCUGCUGCCCUGGUGGAAGGAAAUCCUCGGCACCAUCGUCUUCUGCAUCGCCGCCACCACCUACAUCGUCCGCAAAUUCUUCCACCCUCCUGCUCCUGUGGCCUACGUGCGGCAACGGAAGGAGUCGGAGACACAGUGCCAGACAGACAGCAAGUAUGACCUUGAGGUUGUCGAAUCCAAAGAGUCGGUUGCCAUGGAGACCCGCUCCAGUGAAUAUGUGUCCAGGUACCUGACUGACUUUGAGCCGGUGCAGUGCCUGGGCCGCGGGGGGUUCGGCGUUGUGUUUGAAGCCCGCAACAAAGUGGACGACUGCAACUAUGCCAUCAAGAGAAUUCGCCUGCCCAACAGGGAGCUGGCCCGUGAGAAGGUGAUGCGGGAAGUGAAGGCCCUGGCCAAGCUGGAGCACCCGGGGAUUAUCCGCUACUUCAACGCCUGGCAGGAGAGCCCCCCUGAGGGCUGGCAGGAGGAGAUGGACCAGAGGUGGCUCAAAGAUGCCAGCACCACCGACUGGCCUUUGAGUUUCCCCGACCCGAUGGAGGUGCUGUCAGUCAAAGUGCCAGUGUCCAGCUCCGUGUCUCCCGUCUCCGGGCCUGGAGGCGACGGCCUGGAGGCGUCGGUGGACGAGCGGGUGCUGCUCAGCGGCGUCUCCAGUGGGGCCGCGGACUUCGGCGCGGGCGACGCGGUGCUGUCCUUCCACCCUCUGCUCGGCCACGACAGCCUGAUGUCGGAGCGGGACAGCCAGGCCGACCCCGAGGCGUCCGACACCCCCCACUCCUUCGAGCUGUGCCCCCCUCGCGGCCCCAGCGACUGCACCUCCUCCUCCUUCGACAUCGUGUUCGAGGACUCGGGCUGCGACCGCGACGCCGACGCAGACACAGACUCGGUGUCCGGUGCGGUCGGUGCCAGCUCGUCGACGGAGAAGGCCACUUCCUCCUCCUCGCACACCAGAGGGCCGGAAAAUGUCCCACCCUGCUCCUCCACUCCCCCCCGGCCCACCUCCCUCACCCUGACUCUCCAUCCCACUCCUCCAGCUCAGCGGCCGCAGCCUUCACCCAAGGUGUACCUGUACAUCCAGAUGCAGCUCUGUCGGAAGGAGAACCUGAAGGACUGGAUGGGCCAGCGCUGCCUCCCCGAGCAGAGGGAGCACAGCCAGUGUCUGGACAUCUUCCUCCAGAUCGCCGAGGCUGUCGACUUCCUGCACAGCAAGGGACUCAUGCACCGGGACCUCAAGCCCUCCAACAUCUUCUUCACCAUGGACGACGUGGUGAAGGUGGGAGACUUCGGCCUGGUGACGGCCAUGGACCAGGAGGAGGACGAGGACGAGCCCAGCGCCCUGACGCCCGUCCCGGCUCUGACCCGGCACACCGGCCAGGUCGGCACCAAGCUCUACAUGAGCCCCGAGCAGCUGUCCGGGAACUCGUACUCGCACAAAGUGGACAUCUACUCUCUGGGUCUGAUCCUGUUCGAGCUGCUCUGUCCCUUCAGGACUCAGAUGGAGAGAGUGAGGACGCUGACGGAGGUGAGAGCGCUGCAGUUCCCCGAGGUUUUCUCCAGGAACAACGCUCAGGAGCUGGGCAUGGUGCGCAGCAUGCUGUCUCGGUGCCCCAGCGAGCGUCCCGAGGCGGCGGAGAUCACAGAGACCCCCCUCUUCCAGGAGCUGGAGCUGCCUUGCCGCCUGGCCCUGAGGCAGCGCUCCCGCACCUACAGCGCCUCGUCCAUGAACCGCCCGUCCCGCCAGACCUCAGCCACCUGAAGACCCAGUGACGCAAUACCUGUCCCCGUCCUCCCCCCCGUCCCGUCGUCCCCGCCUGGUCUACUGUCUGAGAGAAGCCACUCAGCCCCCUGCCGUCACUUACUGCCUCAAUCUGAAUCACUUUAAACUCCAAGUAGAAUAAAUGUGCAGGAAUCUGUGUCGAUGCAGCGAGACAAAUCCCUGCACAUUUCUGUCUCUUGGCAAACGCACAUUCUCUUACAUUUUCACACACCAGUAUGCUGCCCAAAUGUCCCAGUUUAGACACACUUGCAAGUGGAAGAAACAUUUUGAAAGCGACAGCCGUUCCCUAAUGCUCACAACCAGACUUGGCUCAAACGUUACCUGCCAAUAAUUCUCAGCACGAGUUUGAAUCGGUUCUAGAUGGGCGGGUGUUUGCCGCAUCAGGUCAGUUCACUGUGCAGAAAAAAAAAAGCUGCCAUUCACUGAAGUCACUACCAAACGCUUGCCUGUGAUUGUCUUAACUUUCUCCUCGCUCCGAUAUGGCAAAUCCGCCCACCUGAAAAUGCUGUGAAUUGUUUGAAAUAUGAUUUGAUCCAGGUCUGGUUACAAAACGCUGCUUGCUCCUGUCAUUCAGCCAGUGUUUGCUCACCCACGCUACACCUCAGGUAUCAAAACCAAGAGGACACUCCAAAGGGGCCUUUGACGCUUGACCAUCCUAUCGACUAGUGACUCGUACUCUCUGGUACCAGCACUAAACGGUGUUCUGCACCCAAUAUGCCUGAUUUGGGAGACCAAAAAGACCGUCUUUUUUCCUAUGUGUUUUUUUAAAUAAGAAAGAGAGGGUGAUGUAUUGCCUAGAGCAAGGUUUAUGAAUACAGCUCAUCAGAUAUGAUUUGCCUUUAGAUCGGGGACCCUGGUCUCCCUGUGAAUGAAUGCCGAGCCGCUGGCUCUUGUCUUUUCUGCAUGUAUCUGAUAGGAAACUGAAGGGGGUGAGUGUGAGUCACUUAACAAUCAGUGCUUGGAUGCAGUUUUUCUGUGUAAACACACACAGAGACUCUGACUGAGGUGCUCAAUAAUUUUCCCACACCUCCCCUUCGCUUUCUGUACAUAAAUGAAGGAGGAAAAAAAACAAACUUUCUUAUAUCUUUUUAUUUGUUAAUUCAAACUUUGAUCAAUCCUGUACAUAAUAUAAGGCGCCAUUGCUUUGUAAAUGGCUUUGUCAUGAGGCUGCUGUAUGAUAGUGUGAUAUACUGUGGGGGAGGGAACAAGGAGGAGACGAUAGCUGCAAAUUAUUGAUAGCUGAAUGUUCACAUCAGAGACCAGAGUUGUUGCAGAUUAUUCUCAGUGUUUGUUUUAACAUGCGUGGGGUGAACUGGGUCGGGUUUUGUCCCAGAGGACGCGAAGAGUGACAUUUUAAAGUCAGUUUAGUGAGCUUUUCUGAAACUGACAGAUUUUUUUUUUACCGGACUCUCUCUGAACUGUCCUGAUGUGAUGAAACCCCACCCAGCCGCUGCUCCGAGUGAAGCACGACAAGCACAAAGAAUCAUAUGCAAAUACUGUUGAAGCCAGGUCUGCACCUCUCGCAUUAUGAAAGAAAAGUGGCAUUUACUUGAGGAGGUGUUGCUGUUUUGUCCCCUCUGUUUGGGUAGAGGGACCUGGACCUGACUGGUGUACAUGUUGGUCAUGUGAUCCACACAAGCGUCGUUUUAUCCCCUGGAUGUACAGACGGGGUUCUGGGAGAGUCACAUGACCUGUCUGUAUCUACACACACACACACACACACACACUCUUCUCACAAACACUGCUAAUUGUAAUGUGCUUACAAUGAUUGUACUUUUUUCUAAGGAUCCUUUUUUCGAUAAGAGCAGUUUUGGAUUAUUCUGCAGGGUUUUUUGAUUACUGUAAGGUCUCGACUGUGUCUCACACAGGAAGUCAACCCAACGUUCAUCUGUUCAUCCACUCAUCCCACUGUAGAUGAGUCAUUCAUGUUGUGAAAUGAUCAGCCCUCUCUUCUGAGUUUAAAACAGACUGCACUCCCACUAUGAUAACGAUGGAAGCUGAAGAGUUUUGUUCCAAAAUGAUUCAAAUUGACAGCCCUUACAGAAUGAUUGACGACACAAAAUUAGAACAAAUUCUGGUAUUUUGUAAAGGACAGAAAGCAACUUCAGUCCUUGCUUUACACUUUUGCAGAUGAUACUUUUUUUUUAAUUGACUGAGAUUUCCAGUGUAAUAAUUUUUCCUAAAGGGGAUUGAUAAAAUUUUGAUACUGAUCUGUACAGUUUUGUCUUUUCCAUAUAUUUUAUGGAAAGCAAUUAUUGGCUUAACUGUAGUAUGAUGACUUUCUUAUGAGCGAUUUGGAGUGGGAAAGCAGGCCAAUCUUCACUCACAUAACCUCAGUAAUUAACUGGAUUAGUUAUUAAGACUGAACACAGCGUUAUGGAAAAUAGUGUGUUUCCUGGAUUUAACACUCUAGAAAUAUUCCUCCGUUUCACUCAGACCAAGAAAAGUGAUUAUGCUUUUGUUCAUGCAUCAUUUAAUUGUUUGUCCUCCUCCCGCCCCUGUUGUGGAGAAGCUCCCCGGGAGUAGUUCAGUUGACAGUGCAGACUCCUGACCUCUGACGCCUCUCCCUUAACGUGUAGUUGCGUGUGUUCUCGUGCACAAACCCCCGUUCUCUGUCCACGUUGAAAUUGUAAAUAUGUUUAUUUGUUUUAUUUAUGUUCAUUUGUGAUCAAUCCUUUUUGGGUUGGUAAUAUUAUGAAUGCACUUCAUGCCAUGGAGUGCGUUGGAAUAUGAUGACUUCUUACAAGUCUAAAUUUAAUAAACUGUUCUAUAACAUUUGUA